AUGCUGCGACCGGCCACUCCGCUGUCUAUCCUCUUUUUGGCUGCCUUUGUCCUGCUUCUCCUAGCGACCCUAUCCACCCCGAUAAUAAAGAGUAUUCCCUUGGGGAAUUGGAAAGGUGUCGAUUUCGGAGUAUGGGGUUACUGUACCGAUUCGGGCUGCACGUCCGUUCAGUUGGGUUAUGAUACAGAGGCCCUCCAAGCUGGAAAACAAAUCGAAGACUCCGACUUCUCUCUUCCCUCGAGUACGCGACAUUCGCUCUCCUCCAUCCUCAUCGUCCACCCCGUCGCCGCCUUUCUGACUCUGAUAUGCUUUGGCCUCUCUGUCGCCGCGCAUCUCCACUCUCCUUCACACUCCCCGCGAUAUCUCUUGAUCCUGUUAAUGCUGAGUUUUCCAACGCUGCUGGUUUCUCUCCUCGCCUUCUUGGUGGACAUAUUGAUUUUUACCCCUCACGUUAGCUGGGGAGGAUGGAUUGUUCUUGGGGCGACCAUUCUGACCAUGAUGUGCAGCGUGGUUACCUGCGCCAUGCGUCGAACCCUCGUCAGCAGGAAAGCAAGGAUGAAGAGGAUAGCAGAGAAUGCCGAGAUGAAUGGCGACAACUAUUACGCCAGUCGACAAAACCAGCCUCCAGCACAGGUGACCCCAUCCCUCCCUAAGGCCGACUCUCCACCUCCGAUGACGGCAGAUUCAACCGUGGGCGAGAAGCAGUUUGCUGCAUUCGAUUCGGCUCAGAGCAAGGAAAUGGGGGAGGAUCGAGUGCCUCUGAAUCCGAAAAAUCCAUCAGUGAGGAGCGCGGAAACACUGGGUCCCGACGAUCAGUCCGGUCGAUAUGGAGAUCGGCCCAUGGUUGGAGGUUACGGUCGACAUGGCAGAGAACCUCCCCGAGAUCAAUUCGGUAAUCCCAUCCGCACACCGGGAGGGAGGCCAGACCCUUAUGGUCCGGCGCCGCUCCGACAUCAAGGCUCGAACGGUACCAUGGGCUCUAAUCGAUCCGGUGGACCACCACCAUUCUACCCACGAGGCAGGGGCGGACCACCCAUGCGAGGACCACGUGGAGGAUACAUGAGAGGCGGACCCCCAGGAAUGCGAGGCCCUCCCCAGCCAGGAUUUGGUGGUAGAGGGAUGCCACCCCCAGGACGGGGUAUGGGCGGUCCGAUGGGACGAGGCCACAGAACCCCUCCCCCCGGACCAUAUGGAGGACCGAAUCCAGACUACCCAUAUGGCCCUGGCCGGCAGGUAUCGCCCCAAUCAAUGGGUCUGGGAGGCGAAAUGGACCCAAGGACCGGGCUUCCAUCACCUCCGUCCCCAAAUGCAGCCUUCGGGUUGCGAGAUAGCGACGGAGACGUCCAGGGAAUGAUUGGGUUGCAGCAGCAGAGAGCUGGGAUACCUCAAAUCGGAAGCCCAUCGAGUCUCUAUUCCGAAGAAAACUAUGUACCACCUCGGUCCAACUGGAAUCAAUCAAGCCACAGUGGUUCAAACUCUAACCUCGCGACCUCAUCGACUCGAGUACUAUCACCGAUUCAAGCAUCUCCGACACCCAGCUCACCACCACCACACAACCAAAGUCCGUCCAACUACUACGAAGAUGUUGAGCCGCGUUUCGCUCAGGCCGGCAAGUCAGGAGGAUCCGGACUACCCACGUCGCUAGCAGCAGGUCCUCAAAGUAAAUCACCCCCGCCCAAUACCGGAACCCCCGUCAACAACAAUAUUUCUUAUCCCGCUUCUGAUGACGGUGGUUUCGACAACAACAUGAGCACCUCUAACGUGGCUCCGCAGGGUUCAACGCAAGCCCCCAACCUGGACCCCCGAAUCGAGGCUUCUGAUCCCACGAUCGUGCCACAAAGUUCCAGCCAUUCGCUCUCGAAUCUUCCAGAGUCUGAUUUGAAUCUUCCUCGCGUCCCUUCUGAUGAGACCAUUUCUCGUUCCCCUGCUAUAAGCGAGACGUCGAAUUUCACCUCUAUAUCUCAACGGGGCAUCAACCCGGCUUGGAGACCGACCGGAUCACCAGGUCCCAUGUCCAGCGCACCCCGACAUUACGCUGGCGACUUCCGAGGCCGUGGAGGGUAUGACGAUGGAUACGGCGGGUAUAAAUCCCCGCUGCCACGGGGUCCGAGCCGUCAAGACAUGCUCCUAGAGAGCAAUCCUGAGUUCACCAUCCCAGGACCGGCGGGGCGGGGCCGUGGCCGCGGUCGUGGACGAGGCGUGAGAGGUCGCGGACGGGGCGUGUCUAUCGACCCGGGAAUCGGUCUUAUAGGUGGUGGGGGGCGAUACCCUGGGGCCGCAGGCAUGUAG